CUGUAGGCGCUUGCAAUAAAGAGCACUAUUGUUGUGAGGUUGUUACAUAAAUACGUUUAAUCUGAAAUUAAAUUGUAUUUCUUAGUUUGGGGUUGCAAUAAAAUGUAUUUGUUUUGAGCUUCGCGGAACGAUUUAUGAAGGCGGAACAAAUAUUCGACACUUGGGUUUCUCGCGGGAACAAUAUCAUCGGUGCACACAGGAACUAUUGCGUUGUUUCUAUUUUCUGGGCAAGUUUGGCUGUAGUGGUUUUUCUGAUCACGAACUGGUAUUAAAAUACACCCACGCGUGUGAACAUGCCGAAGGUGGUUUCCAGGAGCGUCGUGUGCUCGGACACCAGAGACCGGGAGGAGUACGACGACGGAGAGAAGCCCCUCCACGUCUACUACUGCCUAUGCGGCCAGAUGGUUCUGGUCCUGGACUGCCAGCUGGAGAAGCUGCCCAUGAGACCCCGGGACAAAGCCCGUGUGAUCGACGCCGCCAAACACGCUCACAAGUUCUGCAACGUGGAGGACGACGAAAACACGUACAUCAAGAGAGCCGAGGGCAUCGAGAGGCAGUACCGCAAGAAGUGCGGCAAAUGCGGCCUGUUGCUCUUCUACCAGCACCAGGAGAAGAACAACCCGGCCACCUUCAUCGUGGACGGGGCCGUGGUCAAGUUCGGGCAGGGCUUCGGCAACACCAGCGUCUACAGCCAGAAGCAGCCCGAGGCUCCCAAGAAAGUCCGCGUGAUGAUGACCAAGCGGACCAAAGACAUGGGCAAGUUCAGCUCCGUCACCGUCUCCACUAUCGACGAGGAGGAGGAGGAGAUCGAGGCCAGGGAGGUGGCGGACUCCUAUGCCCAGAAUGCCAAAGUGAUCGAGAAGCAGCUGGAGAGGAAGGGCAUGAGCAAGAGGAGGCUGCAGGAGCUGGCUGAGCUGGAGGCCAAGAAGGCCAAGAUGAAGGGCACUCUCAUUGAUAAUCAGUUCAAAUAGCUGGCUGGGUGUGAGGAGACUCCUGCUCUGCCUGGGACUCGUACAUACAGGACUGAUGAGUGUAGCGGUCGUAUCAUAAGAAUGUGAUCUGGCCUUUAAAUUAGUUUGUCAUGCUGUUUUGUACAUACAGGAAAAGACAAAAUAAACUUUUUUGGGGGGGGGUAUUUUUUAAAAAUGUUUUAUGUUGUCGUCGUUUUAAACCUCACAGAAGGCUUCGGCUGUUUGAGUCGGAGCACAGGAGGGGAAAACUUUAUUAACAACAGCUUAAUGAACUGAUGUGUUCAUUUAGAGGAGGAAUUGUGUAUAAUUCAAACCAAAUAUUUAAUUAAAAAUCUAAUUUUAAAGCUACAAACACAUCAGAACAAAUGUCAUGAGUUAGUUUUUUUUUAAUUGUAUUAUUUUUCUUCUGCUCAUUUUUUAUUUGAGGCAGUGAUUCGAGAAACAUUCAGCCAGGUCCAACCUGAAAGAAUGUUUCUCGAAUUAUUUGGCAGCAGGUUAGUAACAUGAUUAGGCACAAAAAGAGGUCAUUCCAGAGAGACCAAAUCUUCCACAAGAACGGAUCGGGAAUGAGGUUCACUACUCUGAAAGACUUGUGUGUUCACAAUGGGUGAAACCAUUUAGGAAUAACAAUCUUUGUAGUCAGUCUAGGUCAAAAUAUAAUGAUUAUCCAACUUGUUAUCAGAGCAUAAUUCAUAAGAAAGCAUCUGUAAAGCUGUAGGAGUGUCUUACAUUAGAGCAUUCUUCCAACCUUUUCAGGAGAGUGUCAUAGAGAUUUGAUCCCACAGAGGAAAUGAUUGUGGUGCAGCAGUAGGAUAAAAAAAUAAAUAACAAAUAGAGUCAAGUUAAAGUUCCACUGGCGCAUGGUGAAGGUUGUAAGCUGUUAGAUCUUUAUUUAUAGAACAGAAUAAAAAUAAAAUAAAAGGUUAAGAUAAAGAAAAGUAAGACUGAGACUAGGCAAGAAAGAAUUGCAGACUGUAUUCACAAAUAGAGAAAUAUAAAUAUGGAGCAGGUCUGUGGACCUGUCACAGAAAGAUGAGUUAUUGUACAGUUUCACAGAGAACACUGGGAAAGAUUUACUAAAGCGUUUUAUAUAGGGUUGAAUAACUGAAGGCUCUGUGGUGUGUGUGUUUGUUUGGUGACUUCCUGUCUCUUACUGACUGACACGCCUCCAGAUUCUGACCAAUGAUGGUUCCUCCCUUAUGAAGCAGCUUGUUAAUACACCAUGGCUCCAUGAUUCAGGUGGUAAACUGACAACAAACGAGGCCUUGAACUGUUGAGGAGCCCAAAUGCUAAAAAAGAUCCUGUGUUUAAUGAGAAGAAAGAAUAAUUGGGGCAGUAUCCAACCAGCACACCAGACUCAAUGUAGGUCAAAAAAUACAAGAUAAAUUAGGAGAACAAUGAGUCGCCUGGACUGGAUCUCACUGUCACUGCAUCUGACAGAAGAGCCAAAGUAUUUGGGGCUUUGGAUGCUGAUGGCAAUGAAAACAAACAGCUUCAAAAUAAAUUGGAGACAUAACUAAAAACAUUAACAAUGAACAAUAACUCGGCUACAUUUGCACUUUUCUUCUGUGGUAUAAACUGUUGUUACUAAGAUCUAACACAGUAUGAUUAUUAUUUAUAUGCUUACUGUGAUCUUUGUUUGUCACCUAUUAAUGUGAAUUGGGUCUUUUUCCCUCACGUUUCCUUUCUUUUUUGUCCUCACUGGUUGUUUUUCUCUCUCACAUGUGAGUUGUUCCAGUCAUGAGGUUAACUGAUGAUCCCUGGGACCAGAGGAAGACUCAGCAUAGCUUCCAGAUUUCUGUAUUUUUGUAUUAAAGAGUAACACAAUCCCUGUG